CAAUAAAAAAAAAAAAUAAGAGAAAAAAAAUCGUUAAUAAAUUUUCGAGGGAAUAAAAUAUAGAAAAAAUGCAAGCUGGCAAGAAAAUUAAGAUUGUAGCUUAUGCGAGGGGGCAAGGAGAGUGCAGAGACGCAGGUGGUGGUUCGAGAACAAUUGUAGGGUAGACAUGUAUAUAUAUGAAAAUGUCGCUAGCGCUAGCAAGGCGAGGGCGAAAUGCUCAGCGAAUCGAUCGUUACUCGAAAGCGUCCUGCGCGCUAAUCGCUCUACUGACGCUAGUAUUCGCCCAUAUUUUGCUGCCAUCAGUUUGGCAUAGUUAAACGUACAUAGAAUUUUUCAUUAAAUUGUAAUUUAACGUUUUCCAUUUUUUUUUGUUUUAAUUAAAAAAAGAAAGAUAAAUAUAAAACAGCAAGAGGAAAAUAAUGAAAGAUGAGGUGAAAAUGGACGCGAAUCGCUUAAUAGCGGAAGUUUACAAAAGACCGGCUCUUUGGAACCAGAGACAUAUCUCUUAUCACAAUCGAGAAGUGACCAAUAGAGUUUGGCUGGAAAUUGCAACGAUCUUCAAACUUCCCAAACCCGUUUUAAAAGCAAAAUGGAAAGGUCUUCGCGAUACUUUUCGUGCCGAAUUAAAAAAAGAAUUGGUUUAUCAAAAAAGCAAUUAUCAUCGAAAUCGUCCUGUAUGGAUUCAUUUCAAGAGUCUUCAAUUUCUUAAAGAACAAAUGGUACCAAGACCACCAAUUUGGGAACGUAAUUGUACACGAAAUUCUGAUAAUGAUCAUCAUGGAAGUGAAAUGGAUGAUGAUCAUAAUGGAAGUUCUGCGAGUAAAGUUGAUGAUAAUUCGACACUUGAACUUGUCAAUGGUGAUACACAAAUAAAUUUAGAUGCAAUUAAUCAAGUUGAAGUGAAACAAGAACCUGAGGAACAAUUUCAAAGUCUUGAAUUUCAUAAUGUCUCGGAGAAUAUUGCUGAUAAUGAAAUGAUGCUGCAAAAUUUAUCACCUGAACAAGUUCUUAUGGGCGAUGCAGAUUCAAUUAAUGGCCUUAAUGUCGAUCCUCUCGAGGGUAAUCGUUGCGAUGAUAAUUAUUUCUUUUUAAUGAGUUUAUUACCUCAUAUAAAAACUUUGCCAGCUGAACGAAGAAUGCUUCUCAGGAUGCAAAUGCAAGAACUGGUUUAUAAGGAAGUCUAUAAAAAAAAUAAUAAUAGUGAAAGGGAAUCGAGCUCUUGAAUUAUUUGAAAAUUAAAGAAAUUUUCCCUAUUAGCUUUAAAAUUUAAACAAGAAAUAUUAUUUUUUUAAUUUCUUACUUUAAGUUACUGUGAUCGUUUAAUUACUAAAGACAAGCCAAAAAUUUUGUUUUAUUUAUCAUUUCUCGUGCCAUAUUUAUGGAUUUUUGUGUAAAAAUUGCUCUAUAAUUUUAAGUGCUUAAUGUUACUUAAAAUUAAUAAUUAUACUACUUUGUAAGUUGAAUUUGAAAAAAGUGAGGUUAGUUUUUUUUUACAAACAAUUCAACAAAAUUAUCGCUGAAAGUAUAUAAAUUAAUACAGAUUCUACAUUUUUGUGAAUACUUAUCUUUUAUUAAAAUCUUAAUUUCAGAAUCGUAAAAUUAAGAAAAAAAAAUGAGAUAUAUGUAAAUUCAAAGUGGAUCUACACUGAGAGAAAUAUUUUGUAUUCCUAUAAAUUUUAUAGGAAACGCAUUUAUGCUGGUUGAAAUAAAAUAUAAUAUUUAUGAAACAUUA